AUGAUUGCUCAAAAUUUGUUCCUCGGCCUAGCCUCCACUACUCUCGUCGCAGCCUCCAAGACCACUGUCGAUCUUCCCUUUGUCGAUGAUUACACAAACGGCCUUGAUCAUUGGUCUAAAUUUGGAAAUGGAACAUGGGAUUCUCAUCAUAACCUUCUAGAGGGAAGGCUUGGCGACAGCUCAACGUGGUUAACCGUGACUCCAAACCGCAAUGACUAUUCUAUCAGAACCACUACCAGCGCCAUCAACUACCCUGGUGUCUCAAAUGGCAUCGUAUUUCGAGCCAGUCAGAAGGAUAAAGCUAACUUUUACUCCGUUGGCCUUCAUGUCGACUAUGUCGAGAUCCAUGUAUGGAAGGAUGGCAAGGCAGAGACGUUAAAGAGGUCAAAGCCGAUUAUUAGGCCAGGAGUCGAAACACCAAUUCGGGUCGAGGUCACCGGAAGUAACAUCAAAGCCUUCCUCCCAUACGGGGGUGAUAUUGAGCCGCUUAUAGAGGUUGAUGAUGAAACAUAUGAGAAGGGUGGCGUUGGAUUCUUCAUUCAAGGGGAAGGUCAUGAUGACUUUGCUGGUAUAUUCCGCACCAUCUCUAUUUCCGACAAUCACCAUGACGAACGCCUGGAGCUCUAG